AUGUGGUUGGCCAUUAGCAGCAGCUCUCUCUUCUCCCCUCCUUCCAAGGACUGGCUCCAGAAUGCUCUCUCAGACCCUGAAGGGCUAGGUUGGGGGGGUAAGGGACAACCUGCAGGGAAGAUGUUGAAGAUGUGCCCAACAGAGGAGGAAGAGAAGGAAGAAGAGAGUGCUCUGCUCUCUCUCCUGGACAGAGGAAAAUUGGAGGAGACCCUGGGGCCUGACUUAGAGGCAGGUGUUUCCGCCCAUGGGCCUCAAGCAGAUGGGUGGGAGCUGGAAGAUAUCAAAACCAAGCUGCAGAAAAUAGAGGAGGCGCACGAGAGACAAGAGGAGCUCAAGGGCAUGGAAGAGACAGAACAGCCACAGCCACCUGAGACAGACGCAGCCAGCCCGGUGCCAUCCCCAGCCCCGCUUGACCCCGAAGCCAGGCAUCCACCCAGCCCAGAGGAUGGCAUGCCCUUCCAAGGGACACCCAUGGAGAAGAUAGAGGCUGAUCACAGAUCUGUCUACGUAGGCAAUGUGGAUUACAGCGGCACAGCCAAGGAGCUGGAGUCCCACUUUAAUUGCUGCGGUGAAAUCAAUAGGGUUACCAUCCUCUGUGACAAGUACUCUGGACACCCCAAGGGCUAUGCCUACAUUGAAUUUGCCUAUAAGGAUUCAGUGAAGACUGCGAUGGAUCUGGAUGAAACCACUUUUAGAGGCCGAAUAAUCAAGGUUCUACCCAAAAGAACCAACUUUCCUGGGAUCAGCACCACAGACCGAGGGGGCCUGAGGCCUCGACAUUCUGGCAGAGGAGGCCCUCCUCACCGGUAUGGCCUUUAUCUUGGGGACCGACAGAGGCCAAGAGGGAGAAAUCACAGGGGGCAUGGAAGAUUCUCUCAAUGGUUUGAGCCAUACUAGAGGGUUGAACUGGAGAGGUGGGCCGUGAAGAAAACAGAACGACUGAAAUCUGGGACCAUCUUAACUACAUGACCGGGGUGCUCAGCUGAG